AUGGACUCGGUGGGGAUUCAGCAUCUAACGAUAUCGGUCCUGUCUCGUAUCCGGCGCCUUUAUCCACCACCAUACGCCCGGAGUUGCUUCCUAAUACAUAACCCGGGCAUGUGUGAGGUUCCACCAUACUGGUCAUGGAGCAGACCUCUCCAUGUUUCAACUCACCUCAAUCCGUGUCUUGUACUGUCUUCAUCGCACCACUGAUUGCGGUGUGCGGCCAUGAUGGGGUCCUUGAAUAUCCCUCCUGAAGAAGUCUCUGUGUAUAUCGGGGACCGGCUAUUGAUAUUUACGGCUCUCUUCGUUCCUCUUCAAAUAUUCUGCGUUGCUCUACGUUUCAUUUCUAGACAUAAAGUUCACACACCAUGGGGCUUGGAUGAUGUCGUGAUCUUGCUUGCGCUCGCUGAGCAGAUGGGUAUGGCAGGCAUUAGUAUCGGUGCUGUGAAGUUCGCUGGCGUCGGACAUCAUAUCCCAUGGUUAAUGGUGAAAGACCCAGCCAGUCUGAGGAUUUGGGCGAAAUACCUCCUCGCUUUGUCAUUUCUCUAUUUAGGAAGCGUUAACCUUCCCAAGUUCUCCAUCCUAUUGUUGUACAAUAGGCUGUUCCCAACCAAGAAAAUGGGCGCGAUCAUCAAAUUUAUGAUGGUGGUCUUGGGGCUCAUCACGAUAGGUACGAUUGUUGGCGCGAGUCUCGUCUGCCGACCCUUCUCCACUAACUGGGAUGGCCCUAUCCCUGGCAACUGUGGUAACAAGAAGGUUCUUUACAUCUGGGCCAGUUUCCCUAACAUUGUGACUGAUAUAAUUCUACUGCUUCUUCCAAUGCCGGUGCUGUGGUCACUUAACGUCAGUCCACGCUUGAAAGCGGGGCUGACCGUCACAUUCGCAGUAGGCAGCAUAGGACUAGUCACUUCCGUUAUGCGCUUCCAGAUCUUUUUCCGAAACAACGCCUUUUCCGAUGGGACCUGGGUAGCUGUUGAGUUGAUUAUUUGGACCCAGGUCGAGACUGGGGUUUACCUGAUAUCGGCCUGCUUGCCCACAUAUAGACCACUUCUUGAGCAGGUCGGAUCCAGCCGGAUAGUUUCCAGACUCAGUCGCUCGAGAUCACGACGAGGGACUGGGGCCAGCGAGGCACGGGACACCUUGCCACUGCACACAGUGACUGCUGUAGGCCAGCCGUACUAUCGCAACGACGAAAUAUAUGUUGGCAAUCCACGUCAUAAGUUUGAAGUCACCAUUAGCCACGAGAUCGUUCAACAUAUUGAGCCGCAAAAGAUGUACAGUCGUCUAUGAGAAUCUCUUUUGGCCGAGACAUGUGUGUAUAUUGUGCAUUGAAUGGUACUUCUGACCAUUUCCAAACCCAUUGGGCUUCUGGUAGCAUAAUAUAAUAUUCCAAUAGCGGCUCCUCUACUCUCAUCUUCCAAGCGAAGGAUUAGCGACCGGUUUCUGCCUUCACGAGUCGAAACGCCCGAGGCUUCAAAUAUGACAUCAACAAUACCAUCUCGCUAAUUACUAUUCGCCGUCAUCAAAUAUAUAGCUCGUUACAAUUCCCAACCAGCACUGUUAUUUUCGAUUCUUCAACUUGCCGUUGCCCUACCGUCAAGACUCGACCUAGUAAGGUAUACAUCGUCUAUACAGCCUUUGUCCGUGAUGACCGAAUCUUUGUCGAUACUACUGCUCAGCCGACCGCCGUUGGACCACCAGGUGGCGAGAU